AUGGCAAGCAUAAAGUCGCUCUUCCGCCCGCAGAACCUGCGUACCAUACUCCCCUCGACCCCAAUCCAGCAGACCUUUCUCCAAUCCACAAUACGGCGCGCUGCCUCAACAACCUCAUCCGCCAAACCCUCAAAGAUCCCCUCCCCAACGGCCUUCGUCCCCGACGUGCCGACCUUCUUAACCGUGAUCGGACGGGACCUCAAGCAGCAUGCAGCCAAGAUCCCCGACUGGGAGACCCUCUUCACGCUGACAUCGGAGCAGCUGCGCGAGCUGGGCGUCGAGCCGCCCCGCGCGCGCAAGUAUCUUCUACGGUGGCGCCAGCGGUUCCGCCACGGACAAUACGGCAUCGGGGGCGAUCUGCAGCACGUCGAGGGCGGUGUAGCGGACCUGCGGGUUUUGGAGGCUGCCCCGGGCGCCGACCCCACGCAGACGCCGCGGAAGUUGGUGGUCAACGUCCCCACCGGCCGCAGUAUCAAGGAAUGCGACCCGGCCGAGCUGUCGCGCGUCCAAGGAUACCACGUUCAAGGGGCGAAGGACAUCGUGGGCCCGUAUGCACUGCCUUUAAAAGGUAUCGAGGGUGCUCGCAUUACCGUUACGGAGGGCAUGUGGGAGGACCGCCGGGGCCGCAAGAUCGACGGCGGUGAACGCAGACGGACAGAGAUCCGGUACAAGAGGCGUAUUGCUGAGCGCAGGGAGGCUCGUGAGAGGGGUGAGCUAUGACAGGCCGAAAACCAGAGAUAGAAAGCAAAGUGUCACGAAUAUGCCAAAAUGUACAAAGAUGUACCAUAUUACAGACUCUGUAAAUUAUUUGAAGACUACGGUUCUUUAGACUUGACAAAGAUGACGAAACGCCCGAUACAUCGUCUAGGUUGCCUUGAAUAUCUCCCUCAACCAAUAAACUCCGCUAGCGCCGUCCCAGAUGCUCUUGUUUAUAUACCAUGAACCGAUG